AAAGGCAGGGUGGACAGUUUGACAUACUUAGGACAAAGACCAAUGUGAGACAAUUUUCAUUCAGGCACUUCUGAGGUACAAGCUCUAGACUGUUACUACCUCAUCACCUCGCUUGGAAAGGUUUUCCUCACAGCACAACUUCACAUGUGUGAAAGAAAAGAGAAGAAGAAGAACUCUACCACAACCAGGUCCACUGACAAUUCUGAAGAGACAAAGCAGCAGGAGACCAGAGCUGCAGGAAGCCAACAUACUGCAACUAAAGAACCUCCAGAUUCUCAACAAAAGGGAGGGAGGUGUGAAUAACCCUGUUUCAAGAGAAGUAAUAGUUUGUGUAAGUUUAGGAACUUGACUGAGGUUCUUGGGAAGAAGUGAACAAAGCAUCUGGAACGAUCUGGAGGAGCGACAACAAGAAGUGCACCCUGCCCCUUACCACAAUUUCACCAUGAGUAUGGCUGGUACCCUAGAAAAAGGGGCUCACCACCAGGCCUUGGACCUGUCUGAAGAACUGCCUCCUCAUCACCACCAUCAUCAUCUCCUCCACUCUAACUCCUUGGCCUCCACGGUCGCUGUGGGAGGAGGGAGAGAAACACCUUCCCGUGUGGUCAUACCUCCCCCUUAUUCUGCAGCCGACAGUGAAGCCCCUCUAGAGCUGCGGGGUUCCCUGGACUGCUGGGCCUGCUCGGUGCUAGUGACAGCUCAGAACCUGAUUAUAGCAGCGAUCAACGCCUGCCUCGCAGCUCUGGUGUUCGGGACCAUCCUAACGCCGGCACUCAUCAUGGUGGUGUUCGGCUUCCUCUGCCACUCUACAGUCCGCCCUCAUGGGACCACCCCCUACUGUUCAGACCUGCUGACUGAUGGAGGCUGUGUAGCUCUUCUGGUGGUGGGCUUCCUCUUGGUCACCCCUCUCCUGGUUCUGGCUCUGGCUGCAUAUUGUCGCCUGGCCCGUCAUCUCCAGCUGGGCCUGUGCUUCAUCCCGUACAGUCGGGCCGUGUACAAAAACCUGCCGGCGACCCUUCACCGGGGUCUGGGUACUGGCUGCUGCGGCGGCGGCAGAGACGGAGCUGAUGGUGGGGGGAAAGGAAAAGUCUGGGUGUGAGAGAAGGAGUGAGCUGAGAUACAGCAGAAGAAUAUAAAAGUAACACUGUGAGAUGUUCUCUUCUCCCAAUGAUGGAGGGAUGGUAAGAUAGAAUGUAUGGAACAACAAAAUGUAUAACAGAGAGGAUGGGGGGAGGGGUGGGGGGGGGGGGGGGGGGGGGUAAAGGGCAAUAACAGUAACAAAAUACAUCAAAUCCAGUUACAAUGUUAAGUCUUACUCACAACACUGAGAUAUCAUUAUUGAAUACUUUGUUACUUAAAGUUGAAAGGGCCGAGUAGUGACACAGAGUUUAUAUGAUUGUAAACGGGUUAUUCUAACUGGAUUACAUGCAGAGGGUAAAAACCAUCACUGAAGUAAGAGAUGGUUUGACAAUACUAAAGUAUGUUUGAUAAUCAGACUGAUGAGGUGAAGAAGAAAGUUUCUACCCAGACCUCAAUAUAACUUUAACUUUUCUGAAUAAACAUUCACAUUCACAUUCACACCUAAAAAACAAUUAUAUCUACCUUAUUUUCACAUUUAUGUUAUUUUAAAAACAUAUUUGUAAAUUAAAUUCAUGUUCAGUUGUUGCAAAAAGUGAUUCCAAUUUUUCUUACUCAUUCAUUUUAUGAAUAAAGUUUUUAU